UUGUUUUUUUAAUUUGCCGAUCGCACGCAUGUAAAUGCAUUAAGAAAAAGAUGGAGGAAAUUUGAUCAUUAAGUUAUAUAUAACAACAGUAUCAAAGUACAUAUCUGACACAUAUUUAGAUAACGAUAUGAAUGACGAGUCUGAUUCACCGGCUACCGAAGGUACAAAGAUCUCUUGAGAAAGAAUGGCAGAUGCCGCUAAAACAACACCAAAUUCCUCCGAUGGUCCUCGUCUUGAGGUGUUGGACAGAGUGAAAAACAUUCCGGUAGUCCAUUCAGCGAUCGAAAAGACGGGAGCUACUUAUUCUUGUGUUAAAGAUUCUCAUCAUUUGGUAAAUUGGGCGUUGAAUCAAGCCGAAGCAGGGCUGCAUUAUGCGACCGCCACGGCUGCGCCGCUUGCUGCACCCUUGGCCAAGAAAUUCGAAGGACAAAUCAAUGCUGUUGACCAGAAACUAUGCGAAGGAUUGAACAUAGUCGAACAAAAAGUUCCGAUUGUAAAGAAACCGCCUCAACAGAUAUACGACGCCGCCAAAGCGGUUAUGAGCAGCUCUCUACAGCCGACCAUCGAAAAACUUAAUACAGCAAAAGAAUCAGCUACGCAGCAAGCAUCUACGUUAAAAGAGAUCAGUAUAACUAAAGCGAAUGAACUUCUAAAUACACAAUAUGGUAACAUGGCUGUACAAGGCGUUGACAACACCAGUACACUUGUCAAUCGUUUAUUGGAUCAUUAUUUCCCACCGGUGGAAGGAGAAGAGAAUGCACCACACCCCAUCUCCGCGGAUGAGAACAAAGUUCUUCAUGCAGUGCAAACGAUUGGGCAACUCUCAACGAAAACUGCUAAUCGCGUUUAUCAUUCGGUUGCCGCUCAAUUGAAAACAAUAAAAAAGGAGGAUGUAGCGACGUACAUAUCCAGCGUAGUGUCCAUUCUCCAUUUCACACAAUACUUACACCCUGAACAGAGACAAACAGAUAAUGAGACAACUAGUUCGACAGAGAAUAAAGAUGAGGAGAAAAAAUAAACCGAAAGACCCUUUAUUUAUUCAAUACGUUCAUUCGCGUCCAAAUUGAUACAUAAUUUAAUUAAUUUG